GUUGAGAAAUUAAAAAUGAAAGGGAAUCAGUACAAUGUUUUACCCUCUGCUCCACUAGCCACUGUUGACCCUUUUAACUUUCCACCUCCAGCUUAUUCCAGGUCACAAAGAGUCUCAACUCACUUGGGUAGAUUCGAUUCACUUUACAAUAGACCUUCUAAUGUGCAACAAUUUCCAUCACCACAACCAAUAAAUGGAUCACAAUCAACAGAUAAUGUAGUAGAUGGAUCAAAAAUUUUCGGUGCUUAUCCUAGAAAUGUGUACUGUCUCUCAUGUAAACAAACUGUUGUCACUUCGAUAAAACAUAAAACUGGGAUAGUGACCUGGUUGACCUCAGCGGGUUGUUGUCUACUCGGUGGUGUCAUUGGUUGUUUUCUAAUCCCUUGUUGCACUGAUUUUACUCGAGACGUUGAACACUCUUGUUCCAAUUGUGGAUUGAAAGUUGGUUUAUACCGACGAAUCUAAAAAAUUAACUCCCACUUUUUAGAUGACAAAACCUAAUUAAACAAUUAAAAUUAAAGAUCACUUGAAAUAAACACUUUUACCAUGAU